GUCCGCUGCCGGCUUCCACAAGCGAAGGCGAACGCAAGCUCAGUGCGGCAACAAGCGUGAUACGGAAUGAUCGUGUGGUGCGUUUUGCGCGGACAUUGACUCUGCGAUUUAUUUUUUUUAAUCUUGCGAUUUAUACGGCCAGAAACCUUUUGGAGUAUAAAGUCGAGAAUAAAUAAGUUUUACUCAAUAAUUUGACGCGCAGAAUUUGACCUGACUUGUGUAUUUCCGUAUAGACGCGAAAAUUAAAAAGUGAAGAAGAUUUACAAACAAAAGACUGUUUUGUACAUUUUCGCAACAAUUGCGAAAUUGUGUUCAAAAAUAAAUAUCUGGCUGUAAUCGUUCAGGGUAUAUAGAAUAUAGACCCCGCGGCCUACUCGUUCGGACACAAUCUGUGGUCACCUAAGAAAAAACAAAACACGCAACGACUCGUAAAAUUAUUCCAAAACCAUCUGUAUGUAUAUAAAAAAGUUUUCGUAAAAUUCUCGUAGAAGAAUAUCGUGGACAUUUACAAACCUAAUCAAAAAUUACAGUGAGUUCGUCGACCUUCCAAAUUCGUGCUUCAGUGGUUCAGUUUGGCAGAUUUUUACGGUAACAAAUCGAAAACCUGGAUUGAGUGUCGAGCUCUUUUUGCAUGAUGUCUACUGCCAUAAUGCAUCAGUCUGCGCUGUACGACUUUGGUGAUCUGUUCUUGAAGAAUCAAACUCGUCCAGUGCAGACGAUAACAGGUGCCCUAAAUGGCGUCAGUGCAGGCGCAGUCACCGGUACUAAUUGGGAACAGCACCCAGUACUAGCGCGGGCAGCGUCAGUACCGGCGCAUCGAGCGCUAGCUGGUCUGCUAGACCGCCUUGGCCACCGCCGUCUCGAGCGCACCACCAGCGAACCUGCUCCCCCUCCACCUGCUACCAGCCGCUACAAGACAGAACUUUGCAGGCCAUUCGAAGAGGCCGGUGUUUGCAAAUACGGUGACAAGUGCCAAUUCGCCCACGGAGUUCGCGAAUUACGCAAUCUACAACGCCAUCCGAAGUACAAGACAGAAUUAUGUCGUACCUUCCAUUCAGUCGGCUUCUGUCCUUAUGGGCCCCGAUGCCAUUUCGUGCACAAUGCCGAGGAAGCGAGACGCCGUGAGCCUUCUUCACCUGGCGGUUCUUUAGCGUCAUUGUCGUCGGGCGGCUCUAUGGCUUCAUAUAUGAGUGACGGAUCACGUUCUCCACGUUCGCCUCAUUCCCCGAUCGCGCCGCAGUCACCGUUAGCCCCGCACUCUCCGCCGGCGAUGUCGCCGCCCGCACACGCCACCGCGUUUGCCUUCCGCGGCUCGCACUCUCCCGACCCUGAAGACGAUCGACUGCCAGUAUUCAAUCGUCUGUCAUCUGCAUUCGGCGACCUCAUCAUCGCCUAGGACGUUGCGUUCGACUAGUCUUAAGUUAAAUUAUACUGAUAAUAGAGUAAGAAUCGUCUGUCACCACAGUGCCUACUCGACGUCUUCCAGCCGCCGCCGCGCGCGUCCCGCACACUUGCUCAACGAUGAUCUCCAGUUUGUCGAUACUUCUCUGCUGCGCCCGGUAAUUUAUGAAGUGUUCACUGGCGUCUCGAAUGUUUGCGGUGUGAAUAUAGUGAUUACGUACAUCUUUUAGUUAUUGGCACGCACUUGUAAAUGGCACCUUAUUAUGUUAGAUAUUUAUUGCAUAGCUCGCGGAAGUCUUCCCGAUGCGAUCCUCCGCCGAGCGGUGGUCUCUGUAAAGUUAGCUUAUAGAACAUUUUAUUUAUUUCAUACUGCCUAUCCGCGCUCGGUAACGUACCGUGAGAAGGCGCUCGUGAUCUAUAUUUAAGGGUUUAAGAUAGUAAUUUAUUAUUUAUUUCGAGUCUCUUUAACUGUAAUAAUUAUUUUUAUGUAGCUAGCAGUUGCGAUGCCGCACCGCAAUCGGACGGGGCCCGCGUCAACGGGACGUGGCUCUUACAUAUAACGAAUCGACUGACAAUUCCCUCAAUGAACUAAAUAAUUUAUAUUUGAAACACGAGUAAGGAAAUGUUAGUCGAUACCUGUCUCGGGAGUUCGGAGGGUCAAUCGCGAUCUUCAUAUUCAAUAAUUAUCUUUCGCUGCUGUGAGCCCUUGUUCUAAAGAUCUCUCGUAAGCCGCGGUGCUACUAAACACGCACUCCAGCGACCUCAAUCACCCGCGGUACACAGAGAGCCGAUGUGAUCCCGCGUCUAGCGGCUCCGCAAAGGACUUUUUCGUUUUGCGUCGUGCAGCGAGGGCGGGCGAGCGGUCUGAAACCUGUUUUGAGUUUUGGUGAUUAUUUUUUCGUCCUCGAAGCGCAGCCGAGUCCCUCCCGCGCACGAUGCUGAGCAUGAUUGCGUUCGAGCGCUGGCAAAAAAUGAUAAUACUCGUGAAAACGCCCACCGAACUCCCUAGAACUAGUGCUGAUGAAAUUGCAAAGAUAGUACAUGGAUAUAUAAAAUAAUAAGACGCAUGUUUAUAUUGGUGCGGGGCGCGACGGCUCUCUACCCCGCGCUUCCACGCCCCGCGCCCCCCGCCACCCUCACAAAGAGUGCCUUUUACUUUAUAACGAAAAACAAAUCGAUUAUAAUAUUUAAUUUUUAGUUGAUCGAGAUAGAUUGUUUAUUUAUUGUCUCUUUUGAAUAUGAAAAUUCAAAUUGGCACAGUUAUUACUUUUUGUACUUGACAGAGCUAAGUGAUUAGUUUGGACUUAGAAUAGUUUCUUCUUUGAAUAAAGUGUGAUAUUUUAUAAUAUUUAUAUAACAAAGUUUAAAGUUUUAAUUAAGGGACCAAUAUUAGUGAUUCGAUAGGAGAAAUUCUGAUAGAUACAUCCAGAUACGCUUUCGAUUCUUACCAAGAGACUGUACCCUCGCGUUACACGUACAUUUUUCUAUUUUUGUUAUACUAAUUGUAAACAGAUCUAUGAUAUAUGUAUUUGUACCAAUAAAACAUUUGACCAUAAGAUUGGCUUUGUGUUUAUUAUAGACAGCUUUAUAGAACCGAGAUGGUAUUUUUUUUGUUUAUCUUUAUUUAAUUAUUUUCAGUUUUUCUCCAUUUUUUUUAAAGAGAGUCGUAUCGUGACCACAGAAAAAAAAGAUAAUAAUUUUGUACCUAAUGUUAAGGAACUACCUAGAUAUAAGCGUUUUCAUAAAGUUCACGAAGAUUAUUUAUUAUCAGUUCAUUACGAAUUAUAAAACCAUUUAAAAGUUGAUUUAUUUAAUUUCUUUUGUAUUUAAAACGUCAUGUAAGUGUACGAAUAUUGUAACUUAAUGUUUAGUAAUAUUAUCAUCAGUCAUUUAAUGUAACAAGCAUUAGUUUAAAACUCUAGUACCUAUUUCAGUUAUGAUUAAGUAUUUAAUUUUUUUUAAUUUAAUUUCAAUUAUAAGUUAAUCUUCAAAAAAAAUUUGACUGCGUAAUUCUAUUUUCUUAUGGACAAAACAAAUUAAGGCUAAAGCUUGUUUAUGACAUUUUUCAUUAUUUUCUUAUAAGUUUUCCUUAUUUCCAUCUGCAUUUUUAUUGAAAUAUAGUCAAAAUAUGUU